AUUCAUCGGCGAUUGGUCCCUAAGGUUAAAUUUAAAAGCCCAGGUUACUUGCAGAAGUCUCUUUUGUAUAGUCAUUGGGAUAAUGAAGCUUAGGAGCACAGAUCAGCGGCUGGUCUGUACGCUUAUGCUCCGCUCCCUGGCCCUAGUUCUUUAUGGAGUCCUUGCAGCCAGGGCACUGAACAAUGGCUUAGCGAAGACGCCUACCAUGGGCUGGCUGCACUGGGAACGUUUCAUGUGCAACCUUAACUGCCAGGAAGAGCCGGAUUCCUGCAUCAGUGAGCAGCUCUUCAUGCAGAUGGCAGAGCUCAUGGUCUCAGAUGGCUGGAAAGAUGUAGGUUAUGAGUACCUCUGCAUUGAUGACUGUUGGAUGGCCCCCCAAAGAGAUUCAGAAGACAGACUUCAGGCAGACCCUCAACGCUUUCCUGGUGGAAUCCGCCACCUAGCUAAUUAUGUUCAUAGCAAAGGGCUGAAGCUAGGGAUUUAUGCAGAUGUUGGAAAUAAAACCUGCGCUGGCUUCCCUGGAAGUUUUGGACACUAUGACCUUGAUGCCCAGACCUUUGCUGACUGGGGAGUAGAUCUGCUAAAAUUUGAUGGUUGUUACUGUGACAGUAUAAAGCAUUUGGAAAACGGUUAUAAAUAUAUGUCCUUGGCCUUAAACAGGACUGGCAGAAGCAUUGUAUACUCCUGUGAGUGGCCUUUUUAUCUGUGGCCCUUUCAUAAGCCCAAUUAUACAACUAUCCGACAGUACUGCAAUCACUGGAGAAAUUUUGUUGAUGUUUCUGAUUCUUGGGAAAGUAUAAAGAGUAUCUUGGACUGGACAUCGUUUCACCAGGAGAAAAUUGUUGAUGUCGCUGGACCAGGGGGUUGGAAUGACCCAGAUAUGUUAGUGAUUGGUAACUUUGGCCUCAGCUGGGAUCAGCAAGUAACUCAGAUGGCCCUCUGGGCUAUCAUGGCAGCUCCUUUACUCAUGUCCAAUGACCUCCGACAGAUCAGCCCUCAAGCCAAAGAUCUACUUCAGAAUAAGGAUGUGAUUGCCAUCAAUCAAGACCCCUUGGGCAAACAGGGGUACCGCCUUAGAAAGGAAGACAACAUUGAGGUGUGGGAACGACCUCUCUCAAAUUUAGCUUGGGCUGUAGCUGUGAGAAACCUGCAGGAAAUUGGUGGACCUCAUUUUUAUACUAUCACAAUUGUUUCUCUGGGUCGUGGCGUGGCCUGUAAUCCUAGCUGCUUCAUUACUCAACUCCUUCCUGUGAAAAGGGAGCUGGGGUUCUAUGAGUGGACUUCAAGCUUCAAAACGCAAAUAAAUCCCACAGGCACUGUUUUACUUCGGCUAGAAGCCACCAGAAUGCUUCAAAAAAAUUAAAUGUGCUUUAAGAUGUGUAUUUUGCCAAUGUGACUACCCCACUUCCUGUCCACAAUCUUCAUCCAUUUCCACCUAAAAAGCUAGAUUCCCUUAAAUAAAAUUUCUCAACAUUGGAA